AUGUCUGCGAGCGGAGACGCGGGGCUUAUCACCUCUCUCAUUGACCGGCUUGCCGCGAGGCUUCCCCAUAGGACUGGAACAAAUGGUCAGGACCUGGUCCAAGAUGAUAUCGUCUCUAUAUCCAGGUCAACGAUCGUCCGAAUCAGCACCGGAAACCUCCCACUAAUCCUUGAGUCACUACUUGGCCAUCUUGAAGAUCUCACCGCUUCAUAUAACUCGAUAAACCCUCCCCCAGAUGGAUUUACUCUGCCUACUCGCAUGAUUCUCGAAGAUGCCAUGCCGAGGGACCUGAACUCAAAGACGGCGUCAAUGGCGUUCGCCGCGCAGGGACCCAAAAAGUUUGACCAGCUCGCCACCGAAUCAGCACGUCUAGAAACUGAUAUCAGAGUGAUUGUGGAAUAUCUGACCGCUUCUAGUUGGCCGUGCGCCUUUGAAUACUUCAGAAAGGCACUCUACAUGCUUAGACCUACGGCGUCUCAAUCCCAGCCGAGUCAAGCCCAGACUUUGGCUGUGAGUGACGAAGAUGCCCUUGCCUUAGUGUUCCUGCGCCUCCUCUCCUUUUUUUGGGUCAACGGCCAGAAGCUCGGCCUAGUGCUGCAGGAAGUCUGCUCCAACUUUUUGCACUUCCGAAAGCCGUUUCAAAACAACGUUUCAAUCGUUACAUCACUUCUCAUUACCCGGUGGAUCGACCGUUUUCCACAAGAGUUUGUUGAACUGCAUAACCGGCGUAAGAGGCUCGAUGGUGGUGCGGAUACUAUCUUCGACAUGACGCAAGCGGCUAUCGACAACGGAAGAAGGAAGGCUGCGCUUUAUCCUCUCCAGAUUGCCUUGCUCUUCCUAAUUCCCGAUGUCUUCGAGGUUGCGAGCAAUUUACGCCAAGUCAAGAGCAGCAGCAUGUCGAAAAAGGUUGGGUUCCUCGAUGCUCUCAGGAAGUCCCUCAGAAACCGAAACGAGCAUGCAUGCUACUGCCUAGUCUCUCUUUUGAGGGUCGCUCGCCAUUUCCAUGCUGAGAGCGACGCGGCCCUCGCGAGCUAUGCCAUGGACGUCCAAGAUGAGGUCAGAGAUGCCGUUUUCCGGAGGUUCCCCGCAGGGGUAGAUGCACCAGUCUUUGAACAGGACAUGAUGACGGCGGCAUUCGUCAGCAUAGCCCAACUGAAUCUAGACAGCUCUGUAGAUUCACUGAUCCAAACAUGUCUAGCGCCAUCUGCCCCUCUUAGUUUCAAGAAGGCAGUCGUUCAGGGGUGUUACUACUUUGCAAAACAGGACGAUCUUACGAGAUAUGAGCAGGUAUUCGCUGCUGCAGGGCCUUUUAUGCGGAGGCAGCUUGAGGCCGUGGCCGCGUUGGAAAAUUCGUCUGGCGGCCAGGACCGAUCAUCAUCCGCCCAAGGAAUAUCAGAGCCCACCUCAUCGGCUGUAAUAUCCUACGAUAUCUUGCGCUUGCUGGACGCAUCCCCGAGCCUGUUGUUCGAUCUGGUUUGUGGAGAGGAUGACGGAUCGGCGGAUGGCGAUAUCUUUGAAUGGUUCUUAUUGUGUAUGACAUCUCCAGAUGAUGAAAUUCUCCGCCGCGCUUGCAAUGUAGCAAGGCGGCUAUUUUCUGGUCCUCGGGCACUAGACGAACUAAGAGCGCACGAGAGAUUGAAAUCGCUCUCGCUGAAGGAAGAAUUCUGGAGGCGAAGCUCCCUGAUAUUAUCCGCUAUGGCGGAGCAGAUGGGAACGAUGCCGAAUAACUCGGAUCUCAUGCAUAUUAAAGAUUACCUAGAGGCUCGGGUACUGCUCUUAACGUCGAUCCAGGAACUGGCCCAUCUCGAUAGAGAGGUUUCAGAUCUGCCUGCCGCCUUGUCAAAGCUCGAAAUGGCCCUACUUGUUUCUCUCUGUUCCUCAGAUCUAGAAACCUGUGAGCUGGUUACGACGUGCAUUGGGCAUUUUCUACAGGAGUGUACCAUUCUUGAAGCAGCGCCGACCUCGACGAAGCCAGCUACAACCCUCCUUCGCAACUCUCCAGUCUUCCAGGAGCUUGCGUCCCGUGAUUUUCGCUUAACCGGCCUUGUCGCAUUCCAGAAACGAGUUCGCAGCCUCCUCCGUCGGCUUCAAUAUCCUACUCUUGGUAUCCUAGCUGCUUGGGAACAGGCUUUUGAGAAAUGGGUGCACCUUUCGAAGGAAAUAUCCACCGCUACAGCGGACUCUUUGGAGCACAGAACCCUUGCGGAAUGGCGUAAUUUCUCGGGAUUUUUGGCCUCCUUAGGUGGCAUCUGCACGGCAACCCAAGCAACCCUCCUCGACGAACCGACAGUCAGUGGCUUGCGGUGGAUUGAUCGGCUAUCUUCCGAGAACCACGAAGAGCCCUUAUUAACGAGAUACUUACGACUUAGUAUCCGCCUUCUGGCUUGCUCCGAUGUCCGCGUUCGUGAGGCAACAAGGGAGAUAUUAACUUCGGAGGUUUCCCCUCCCCUCUACCAACCUCUCUUCCGGGCUUUGGAAUCCGAGCUAGAAAUUCUCUUCGCCCGGAGCUGGGCCCCAUCUGAGAGCGGCCGUGAUGUGGAAGUCAUCUUUGCGGAGCAAACCUCGUCGCUCUUGAAAGGGUUAAUCGAAAGACUCGAUAACCCAACCGAUCUUGGCGCCGCGGGCUCGGUUCACCUUGGUGCCCUUACACUUGACUUUGCGAAGUUUCUCGACGCAAUGGGCGACAGCGCUAACGUCCAAAGAGUGAAGAUAAAAGUAUGCCAUCUCUGCGAGGCAGUCACAAAGAGAAAGGAGUAUCUUAAUUUGCGUGAUGACAUCCGCAUCCGUAACCAGCUGCUGGAGUCAAUAUUCGGCUGGAUUACGGAUCCUCGAUCCAACCGGAAUGACAACGGAGUCCAAAGUCGCCACGACGAGUCUAUCAGGAUCCAGAGGGACCUCGACAAGGCAUGCCUCCGGUCCUUGGCGGACCUCACAUUACGACUGCCCCUUCAACCGGCGGAAGGUCAGGGUGAUGCGGGGACCAGCGAGCUGAAAUCGCAAAUGUUCCUAUCAUACUUUACCAGGUUCUUAUCCCUCUUGAAUCACGAACCCCAAGAGUUGGCGAGAAAUGAUCUAGCCCUCUCCAGCCUCGCCACCCGCGACGAGGGCAGCUCCGUAUCAGAGCUUGCCAUCACGAUCUUAUCCAAUCUACUCAGCGCAAAUAUAGACGUUGGCCUUAAACACUCUCUCAAUAUUGGCUACCACGAGAAUGUUGACAUUCGCACGGCAUUUGUAAAGGUACUCUACAACAUUCUCGUCCAGGGCACGGAAUUUAACAACCUAAGCGACGCUGUCGUUAGUGAGAAGUACGAGGAAUUGCUUGAUCUUCUUACGAGGGAUGUGCCGUUAGCCGCCGCAAUGGGGGCUGUCUGCCCCAGCAGUGAAGUUGAUGAGCUUACUAUAUCGCUCCUAACUAUAUUCGAACACCGCGGCUUGAGUUUCCAACUCCUCGAGGCACUUAUAAAACAGGAAGUUGAUAACACCGAACUUGAUCCUGCGAGAGUCGGCUCGCCAGAGGAACUUCAGAAAAAUGCACUGCAACUGCGGAUUGUAGCGAAGGUGUUCAUCGAUGACAUAUGCUCCUCUACGAGCAACAUACCAGUACCUUUCAGAAGAAUAUGCAGUAUUAUUUCCACCGCAGUGCUCCCUCGUUUCCAGGAAGCAAAGUACACGGCCGUGGGUGCAUUUAUCUUCCUGAGAUUCUUUUGCCCUGCGAUCGUCGCUCCGGAGGUUGAAGGUCUUGUCACCACGGUUCCAUCUAAAGAGAUGCGCCGUGGCCUACUCUUAAUCGCCAAGGUUAUUCAAAACCUGGCGAAUAAUGUGCUUUUCGGCGCGAAGGAACCUUACAUGUUCUCUCUCAAUGACUUUCUCACGCAAAACAUUUACAAAGUCACGACGUUCUUGCGUGAAAUUUCAGUUGCCCCUUCAGAUCCCCCAGAACCUACCGGAAGUGAGUCGUUCGACUUCGGAUCUUGCGUAUCCAUCCACCGUUUCCUCUAUGAUCACUGGGACCAUGUUCAGCAGAGGCUCAUCUCGUUAGAAAGGAGAGAGUACGUCCGCUCUCCGGGUGAACUAUCGCGAGGCCGCUCCCCAGUCCUUGAGCCACUGAGAAAUCUCAUUACAAACCUCGGCCCUCCUCCCCUCGCUGUUACCUGGAACAGACCCCAGAUAUCUGCGAAUACUCUUCCGGCAUACUCUAGGUUCCAGAAUUUCAUGCUGCGCAGUGCCUUCCGAGGCACCGAAUCAUUCCUUACGGCGAGAGCAGUGUAUGAUGGUGGAGAGAGCAAGAUCGCCAGUCGCCUGUGGCAUCGGCCAUUCGGGCUUCUCAUCGAUGCAACCUGUUACGGUGGAAAUGUGGAGCCUCAGGACGAUCUCUUCAAGAAACUCGAGCUCCUGGCUCCUACAGAACUCUCCCGUGCCCUUUCACGAGUGUACAUCUAUAACAUGAACAACACCUUCAGGCUAUCAAAAACAAAGGGGAAGAUCGAAGUCGUCAUCAAGGUUGGAAGCCAGUUCGUGCAGGUGACGACAGCGAACAAGACGGAAAUCUUCCCGGGGUUCCGGCUCUAUACGACGGUGAACGAUAUUUUCAGGCUGGGCGAUAUCGACGAAGCGCAAACAUCAAUACAAACUGAAGACGACUCCGCGUUUGGACUUCGCGCUGAGAACGGAAAGAUCAUUAUGUUUUUCACUAGCCCUCAAAAGGCCGACAUCAUCCAAACCAUUAGGGGAGCCAAAGCUAAAUACGGAAAAGAUAGCCGAGCUCACAAGACUCCCGAUAGACUGAUUCGGCCACAAGAUGUCCCCGGCACGUUGCUGAACCUAGCUUUUACCAAUAUCUCGAGUCCAGAUAGCAUGCUCCGUCUCUCAUCCUACAACCUCCUGGGGGCGCUUUGCAGGGCCUUUGAGUUUGAAUCUGCGUCAAGGCUCAUGUGCGCGAAAGAUCUGGCCAUCCCCCCCGAUCCGUCCGCAUUUAUCAUAGCCAUGAGCGGGCACUUGGCACGAUCAGAACCGCAGCUGACCUACGACUUCCUAACUGAGUUUUUCGUGGGGUGGGACAGCUUUCCGGAUGAUCAGAAGCCCCUGAGUCUUGGUUACAUGGCCCCGUGGCUCGUAGGCCUGCGAACCUUCGUGCUAGUCGCGGAGACGGAUGCUGACAAGGGCCGGGACAAGAUUGCAGUCAUUUUCCGGAAGCUGGUGGAAGUCGUGCUAGCCGACCACUCUCAAGCCUAUAGCAUCGGUCAAACCGUUUGGUCCGUUAUCUCAGGCGACGAAGUCCUUCUUGAGAUCCUCCUAGAUGAGAUAAUCAAAAUCGGACUCGGAUUUCGUCUGCAUGAUGACAAUCUAGAUGUCCUCUGCUCAAUCGUUUCAGCCAUCGGCAGCAUCACCCUCAGAGGCAAGGUCAUCUCUCGCUUGAGGAAGGCACUCAACCGCAUACUAGAUGUUUUGAGCGACUCAAAAGGCGAUCUCUUUCCGAGUCGAGCAGUUUUUGGACGGGAGGGGAAUUCUAUUUCCAGCGACCAGGAGUCGAGUCAGAACCUUGCUGCCACCGAAAGCCUCGCCAUACUCCUCUUUGAUAUUUGCGCCAUCUCUGCGCCUUCCGUCGAUCUGUCCAAUUCGUGGCGUUCCAGGUGGAUGAGCCUAGUCGCCAGUACUGCAUUCCAGAACAAUCCAGCCAUUCAGCCGAGAGCCUUCGCGGUCAUGGGUUGCCUGGCACGGGAAGAGGUCGAUGAUGAUUUGCUCUACCAAGUCCUAGUCGCUUUACGCAGUAGUGUGGCUCGAUUUGGAGAGGACGGAACAAGCGAGAUGCUGGUGUCAAUCUUGACUUCGCUUUCCAGAAUGCUUUCGAAGCUGCCAACAGCAUCCAGAUAUGGGGUUCAGCUAUUCUGGCUUGCAAUCUCUCUCCUUCGUCUGGUGCCUCCAAGCCUAUUCAAUUGUACAGCGCAGUUUGUGGAAGCUGUGCUCGCCAAUAUCAGCACUAUACCAGAACUCAAAGGUGAGAAAAUGGUGUUGACGUUAAUGCAGGGAAGAUUGCCGCUGGAGGAGGCAGCAAGCUCUCUUGACGAGCUUUACGGCGUCCACUUCAGCACGGAAAACUUCCACUUUGCAGUCUGUGCUAGUCUAGCCCGAGGGCUCACAGAUACUGUGACACGGCCGGUAGCUAUGCGAGUACUAUCGGCUUUCCUUGGCAUGUCUGGGACAUCGUCUGGAAGCUUGGGCCGUCAAAUCACUGACAUAUCCAAUUCUCCCUACUUGGCCCUCAUACUCGCCCGGGCAUCCGGUCUUGAGGAACUUAGGGACUACCUUUGGUUUGCGGGGAUCAAUCCUUCCUCCUUAGGUGUUGUCUCCAACAUCCGAGAUCUGCAACAGCCGGCAAAUAUCAAGGACAAAGACCUUCUCUUAAACACCACAAUCGAAUUGGUUGAUUUCCAGUAUCUGGAAGAUGCCGUCCAGAUUGGGACACUGCGAUGGCUCAACAGUCUCAGCUCUUCACGGCCAGGUGUUGUACUACAUCUACGGGAGCCGAUUGUGGCUAUUCUCGAUGAACUGCUCCUCCAGUGUCAAAACUCGGCUGCGCUAGAGUCCGCCUACGACCUUCUCAAGGCUUUGACCUCGUCGCCUCGAUUCUCCGGUCAUCUCGAGCAAUCUGGGACGUUGAUGAAUAUUCUCGAAGAUAUGGGCUUCGGAGGUCUCUGGAGAAUGUGCUCGCUGAACAAUUCCUGGGAAGCAAAUACUCAAUGUUUCGCUCUAACCGAGAAGCUAAUUGAGCUUAUCAUAGCAAGCGUCGUGGGUCCCGGUAACUCUCGCAAUGAGUUGGAUACGCCGGUAAUGGUAGAUGGACAGCCGUGUCCUGAUGGGUUCUAG